CAAGAUUUGUUUAAAACGCAUCCUUUCUCUCUUUCUCUCUCUUCCUCUCUUUGCUUUCUCUCACCGAAGGCUUCGUCUUUGUUUCUCUCUCCUCCGCCCUCUGCCUAAGCGUUUUCUUUCUCUCUUUUCCCAAAAGAAAAAUAAACAUUCGGCUACAAUAGUAGAAGAAGAGCUCCCAUCAUCACUCUAAUUGAUUCCCCAACUUAUCUUUCUGUUUUGAUUUUUCUUACAUAAUAUUUGAACUCCAAUUCUUCUUCUGUCGAUAUUUUAUCCAAAUUCUUCCUCUUCCGGAUCCACAUUUAAGAUUUCUUGCGCCACUUUCACUCAACCCGCAAAAAUCUCAUCGUUCAUAGCGAAAAAACGAGGAAAAUUGGAUAAUUUGAAGUUGGUGGCGGUGUAUUAAUCUGGAGUGAAAUGCUAGGGUAUGGUGGAUUGUCAGGGUUUUACAACCUAUUUUGGGUUUCUUGUGAUUACCCAUCUGGUUAACCUAUUGAAACUGAUUGAAAAGAGGAUAUGGCUCUUCACAAGAAUGUUCCUCCCAAUGAACCAGCUAGUGGGAGUUUAAAGUCGUUGACUUUUUCUGGAAAGGUGAAGGAGAGAGGUCAACUUGUUGAGAUGGAUAAUAAAAGAGGAAAUGAAGGUGAAGCAGAUAUUGACCUUCGAGAGGUUUAUUUUUUGAUUAUGCAUUUCUUGUCAGCUGGGCCAUGUCAUCGGACAUAUGGUCAGUUUUGGAAUGAGCUUCUUGAGCAUCAGUUGUUGCCUAGAAGAUAUCAUGCUUGGUAUUCAAGAACUGGUGCUACAAGUGGAGAUGAAGAUGAUGAUGGCAAGUCUUUCCCUUUGAGCUACAAUAAGUUGGUGGAAAGGUAUCCUCACAUAGAGAAGGAUCACUUAGUGAAGCUGUUGAAGCAACUGUUAAGUGGUGCAGCUUCAUCAUCAUCAUCAUCAUCACAGGGCAUCAUUGUAAAUACUCCAUUGAAUGCUGCUGCUGUCCCUACUCUUUUGGGCACUGGCUCCUUUUCACUUUUGAAUGGUGAUGUGAAGAAUAAGGAAGUGAAACGGGGCCCACCAGGGUUCAUGAGGUGGCCUCAUAUGCAAGCGGAUCAAGUGCGUGGGCUUGGGCUGAGGGAAAUUGGUGGAGGCUUUGCAAGGCAUCACCGGGCCCCAUCCAUCAGGGCAGCUUCUUAUGCCAUUGUCAAGCCAUCCACCAUGGUUCAAAAGAUGGAGAAUCUUAAGAAGCUUAGAGGCCAUAGAAAUGCUGUCUAUUGUGCAAUAUUUGAUCGAUUAGGGAGAUAUGUGAUUACUGGUUCGGAUGAUCGGCUUGUAAAAAUCUGGUCAAUGGAAACUGCAUAUUGCUUAGCCAGUUGUCGUGGACACGAAGGUGACAUUACAGACCUUGCUGUGAGCUUCAACAAUGCACUGGUUGCUUCUGCUUCAAAUGACUGCAUUAUUCGAGUUUGGAGGCUAGCAGAUGGGCUUCCGAUUUCAGUCUUACGAGGUCACACAGGGGCAGUUACAGCAAUUGCCUUUAGUCCUAGGCUGGGCUCCGUUUAUCAGCUAUUGUCGUCGUCUGAUGAUGGAUCAUGUAGGAUUUGGGAUGCUAGGCAUUCUCAAUUCAGUCCAAGAAUAUACAUUCCUAAGCCUCCUGAACCUCAACCUGGGAAAAGCAAUGGCCCAUCAACAUCAAAUUUUGUUCCUCAAAGUCAUCAGAUAUUUUGCUGUGCAUUCAAUGCUAGUGGAACUGUUUUUGUCACUGGAAGCUCAGACACUUUUGCAAGGGUUUGGAAUGCGUGUAAACCUAGCAAUGAUGAUCCGGAGCAACCCAAUCAUGAGAUGGAUAUUUUAGCUGGGCAUGAAAAUGAUGUUAAUUAUGUACAAUUUAGUGGCUGUGCUGUGGCUUCUAGAUUUUCUCUAUCUGAUGCUUCUAAAGAAGAAAACCUUCCGAAAUUCAAGAAUACAUGGUUUACCCAUGACAACAUUGUGACUUGUUCCCGAGAUGGAAGUGCAAUUAUUUGGGUUCCAAAAUCACGUAGAUCUCAUGGAAGAGUUGGAAGGUGGACACGAGCGUAUCACCUGAAAGUUCCUCCACCACCAAUGCCACCACAACCACCACGAGGAGGUCCCCGGCAAAGGAUUCUGCCGACACCACGUGGUGUUAAUAUGAUUGUCUGGAGCCUUGACAACCGUUUUGUCCUUGCUGCCAUCAUGGAUUGCAGAAUAUGUGUCUGGAAUGCUGUUGAUGGUAGCUUAGUCCAUUCUUUAACUGGUCACAGUGAAUCUACUUAUGUUUUGGAUGUUCAUCCUUUUAAUCCACGAAUAGCUAUGAGUGCUGGAUAUGAUGGAAAAACAAUAGUGUGGGAUAUUUGGGAAGGAUUGCCUAUUCGUAUAUUUGAAAUCGGACGCUUCAAGCUAGUUGAUGGAAAAUUCUCUCCGGAUGGGACAUCCAUUAUACUGUCUGAUGAGGUUGGUCAGUUAUAUAUAUUAAGCACUGGCCAAGGAGAGGCACAAAAUGAUGCAAAGUAUGAUCAGUUUUUUCUUGGAGAUUACAGGCCACUUGUCCAAGACGCACAUGGAAAUGUUCUUGACCAAGAAACACAACUUGCUCCCUAUCGAAGGAAUAUGCAAGAUCUCCUUUGUGAUUCAGGCAUGAUUCCAUACCCGGAGCCUUACCAAAGCACAUACCAACAAAGGCGGUUAGGAGCUCUAGGGUUUGAAUGGAGGCCAUCCUCUGUGAGGUUUGCUGUAGGAACCGACAUCAGUCUUGACCAAGAGUACCAGGUCCCACCAAUUGCUGACCUGGAUAUCUUAAUGGACCCACUUCCAGAAUUUCUUGAUGCCAUGGAUUGGGAACCAGAGAUAGAAGUACAAAGUGAUGAAAAUGAUUCUGAGUAUAAUGUGACCGAGGAGUAUCGGUCAGGAGGAGAACAAGGAAGUUUGAGUUCAAAUGCUUCGGGCAGCUUGGAAUGCAGUGGUGGAGAUACAGAGGAUCAAAGCGACACUACUAGUAUCCGUAGGUCUAAAAAGAAAAAGAUCAAGGCAGAAGUUGAGUUCAUGACAUCUUCAGGGAGACGUGUGAAAAGGAGGAAUUUAGAUGGUGAAGAGACUGCAAUCAGAAACAAUCGAAGCAGAAAGUCAAGAUUCGGUCAAAAAGCUUCUAAAAAGAAGUCGUCUCAGUCCAAAUCUUCAAGGCCAAGAAGGGUAGCUGCCCGAAAUGCCCUAAGUUUUCUUUCCCGAAUAAGCGGAAAAGCCUCCGAGGGAGAAGAAGAAGAUGAAGAAGAGGAAGAAGAAGAAGAAGGCGGCGAUUCAUACGAAAGCUAUUCAAGUCAGCAAGAAACCGAAGCCGGAAGUGAAGAAACUGAAAUGUCGUUCGAAAAUGACCAAAACGGACAUUCAAAAGGUAAAGAAAUCGCAUCCGAAGACACGGGUAUUCCCCAAGAAAGUCCGGAACCGCGUAUUCCGACUGGAAAAAGACGAUUGGUGUUCAAACUUCCGAGAAAGCGGUUGGUUUUAGAGAACAAGAUAGAUGAUGUUGCGGGCCCGUCUUCGAUAGAUGAAUUGAGUAAGGAUUUUAUAGGAAAUGGCGAAUUUGAAAGUAAUGAAAACGGUUUAUCGAUGCAAAACAUGAAUCAUUUAAGCCUUCUUGAAGGAUAUAAAGAUGGAGAUAUUAAAUGGGGAGGGGCAAAAUCCCGUUCAUCAAAACGUUCAAGAAUCUCUGAACCAAUUGCUAAAUCAUCGCCAUGCCCCGAGGGCAAUUUCGUCAAUGAAGAACCGACAUUCGAAAACAAGGAGGAGUUCACGGUUCCCACAAGUCCUUUCGAUGUCCAAAUUGAAAAGGGCAAAAUGGUCAAGUCCGAGCAGGAUAAUGAGACCCAUAUCCUGAUGCCGACAAAGUUUAGAAUAAAGUCAAGUGUGCUUUUAAAAGACCAAGAUUCUCCAACAAAACUAACGAUUAGAUCAUCGGUACAAGAAUCAAGAAACGGAGGAGAAGGUACAAUGUUGUCUGACGACUCAACCUCGGAUCUUCCGGAAACAAAGUUAACAAAUUCAGAGGAUAUUCAAGAGACCCAAAAGCCCGAUUCGCGGGAUAAGAUGUUUAAAGAAGUUUACAGACGGUCAAAGUCAACCAGGACAAGGGCAAAUUCGUCAAUUAACGGUGAAGCAAGUACAUCUAACACAGACAAUCAAAACGAAAGAAUCGAGCCCCGAAUCCAUGGGACACGUAGGAAUGUGAAUUUGAGGGUUGUAGAUGAUGUGGAUGUUUCUGAAGACACUUCAAGUAAAGAAAAGUAUUCCACGGAUGGAGGUGAUGAGGGUAGGUUGAAUUCAAGACAUACCGUUGGAUUAAGAUCGACACGAACGAGAAGAAGCGUUGAUUAUAAUCGGAAAAAUAGGUCACCAGAGAAAAAGAAAACACAUCAGUUAACAAGAAGCUCAUGGUUGAUGCUUUCGACUCAUGAGGAGGGGUCCCGCUAUAUUCCUCAGCUUGGGGAUGAAGUAGUAUACUUCAGACAGGGUCAUAAAGAAUACAUUGAGGGUAGCAAUUCAAGAGAGAUGGUUCCAUGGAGAUCACUGAAGGGAAACAUAAGAGACGUGGAGUUUUGUAAAGUCAAAGAUCUGGAAUACUCAACACGUCCUGGAUCCGGUGAAGGCUGCUGCAAAAUGACCCUGCAGUUUGAGGACCAGUCUUCCAAUGUUGCUGGAAAAUCCUUCAAGCUGACUCUUCCGGAAGUUACCGGAUUCCCUGACUUUCUAGUUGAAAGAAGCAGGUAUGAUGCUGCAAUGGAGAGGGACUGGAGGUGUCGCGACAAAUGCCAGGUGUGGUGGAAAAACGAAGGGGACGAAAACACUGGGGAGUGGUGGAAUGGGAGGAUUGUGGGGGUGAAGGCUAAAGAUGCUGAGUUUCCUGAUAGUCCAUGGGAGAGGUUUUCUGUUCAGUAUAAAGGCGACACUGAAAUCCUUCUGCAUAGUCCUUGGGAGCUUUAUGAUGCUGCUGCUAAUGUGUUGGAGGAGCCACGUAUUGAUGAUCAUGUUAGAAAUAAGCUUAUCCGUGCUUUGGCUAAACUCGAACAAUCAGGAAACAAAUCUUCUGAGGAUCAUUAUGGUGUUCAGAAAUUGAGACAAGUAUCUCAGUCAUCAACAUUUAUCAACAGGUUUCCGGUGCCUUUGACACUUGAUGUAAUCCAAUCGAGACUAGAGAACAAUUACUACAGAAGAUUUGCAGCAAUGAAACAUGAUGUGGAGGUGUUGUUAGAGAACGCCGAGAUUUACUUUGGGAGAAAUAAAGAUAACUCAAUGAAGAUGAGACGUUUAUCAGACUGGUUUACAAGGACACUUUCGUCUUUGUAGCUUUCAAUUUUCUUUUCUUUUUUUUUUUUUUUUAAAAAGCACAGUUUUGUAGGGGGAAAAAAGCCAGAGUGUUGCGAAAUUGGUUGGUGGUUUUUACUUGUAGAUAAAUUAUCAUGACUUGUGAACCUCUAGGUUUUUUUUUUUCUAAAGGGCAUUUGGCAUUUGGCAUUAUGAAGAUUGCUUUGGUUUCUUGGAUUUUAGUAGUAGGAGAUGAUAAUUGUAUAGACCAUAGACAGACAAACAAACAGACAGAUUCUUAAAGCAAUCUAACAGAAAGUCGAAACAUUUCAGUCCA